ACAAUACGAACAGAAAAACCUAUGCACUGAGCUAUAUCUUCCUCAGUUGUCCAGAAAAGUAUGGAUAAUUCUAAAAGUAUUCAAAAGUGCACUUUUUGAUACCUUCGCAGAAAUACUGUGUCAAAGAAAUGUUCAUUGCAGCUCCACUUAAACAUAUAACCGUAAAUGCUUUGAAAUACAAAGUACACUAUAACAACACUUAUAAAAGAAAUUUACAGGAAAUAUUCUUUUUCAGAGUUGUGCCAAAAUUACACGAAGUACACACUUUUUGCAUUACUUUGCGAGUUGUCAAUCAACAAAAACGAUUAGCAGCAAACAAAAGGGAGAUGUUACUGUUUUUUUGGACCGGGGCAGUCUGAAAUUGGGAGUGUAUGGGGUCCGUAGGCUGCAUUGCGCAUGCCUGCCUGGACAAACGCAUAGCAAAGUUUGGUCAAGUGUUAGGAAUAGGCUCAAGAUAUGGUACAACAGACUCCAUUUUGUUUCAAAGGGUUCGCAAGUUCACGUGAUAUUGACACCGGUUGCAGUUGACGUGUUAUGCACAUGUGGCUUCUUUUUUCUAGGAAAUACCAAACCGGCAAACACCGGGACGUUCGCCCUAAAUAGCAUGACGAAGUUCCAGAAAUGGGACCGGCAGUAGUCUUAUGGACUGUAUUGUUAUUCAAAUCUGAGCCAACCACGGAAAUGUCAAAAAAUCAUCAUACGUGGAGUUAGCCGGUUUCAAUAACGUGCACAGCAAAUGCACGCACGAUCCGGACUCUUCAAGUCGUUCAUUAUGUGGUUAUGUGGCUUCAGGGUGUAGAAUAAUAUGCACUGCACUGAAUUACUAGAAUAAUGUGAACGAAUCAAAGCGAAUUAUCAUUACUUAUUUAUAGCCAGUGUCAUAAAUUUGCGAAGAUAUUCGUACAGUGCGACAUCUUAGUUCCAUGGGUUAUAAUUCGUUCGCAGUCCACAGCCAUAAGAAACUGUUGAAAAGCCACAACCCUACAAAAUCUACACAUUGCAACUGCACUUCGUUAUACAAGCCUACCAUAUGGAGGCACACCAGGAUUGUGCAUAUUGGGAACUUGAGCUACGAGAAGACAAAAGAGAAGAGACGUAAGUACCAGCAGCUUCGACAACAGCCAUAAAUCCAGAUGAGAAAGUCAUAAAAAAUUAUGAAGAAGACUCGGUGAUUUAACUGAAUAUUUCGCGAUCCAUACGGCCCUUCAAGGUUGCCUAAUUGACAGUGACAAUGCUGGUUAUGAAAGUUCAAUAUGUCCUUUAACGGGUCAAAAGUAUGUCGCGCUGUCAGCUUAUAUCCCGGACAGUGUCCUCCUAUCAUUUUUCAUAUCAGUGUGGUUUUUAACGGGGCUACAUCUGAAAGGGCGCCUCCUAUUUCCAUAAGUCUGGGGCGACGGCGAGUACAGUGCCGUCGCCGCGACGACGAAACGUAAUUUUAUGUCCUCUUUAGAACACCAUAGUUUUGUUCAAAUUAACUGGAUGAGAGCAAAUCUGCCACCAAAUGUACGACGUGUAAUACCUGUAACUACAUGCUGCGGUUCCAACAGAGCAGAAUAUUCCACAUUGACUUUUCUGUCCAAAAAUUAUAUCCAUUUGAAAUUAUAGUCUAACAUUCUUUCAGCUAUGAUCCCGUAAUUACUGAAGACCUUCAACCAAUUAAACGUGAUGGUACAGGUAGAAAGUGUCAACUACAGAUUAAAGAAGAGCUUGAAUGGCAUAAACAUUAUACAAAAACCUCUUCGCUGAAAAAGUAAUCAAUCUAAAUAAGCAACAGCCACCGUCCAUCUCUCCACAGUGGGGCAGUCACAUCGAAUUUUGCAACCUCCAGCUUGUAAUAUUAACAUGAAUGAGACAGUCGUGUGUUUCAUUGAUAUUUUGUUGCAUAAACCGACGAAAUUAACGUGAUUACAGCGACUAGGAAACAUCGAAGCGAAACUCCAGGGAAGGGCUUCAGUGGAACUUUGAUUGAAAUUUUGCUCCUGAUUCACUGCCACUGACGGUCAAAAUAAAGCUGGGCUUACAUUUUUGGGAAAGGGUUGCUCGUUUCCAUGAACUUACACGGCAAUGAAUCAGCAGAGAAAACGAAACUUUGGUAAGUAAAUUAUAAAAACAAUCAGCAAUUCUAUUUGUGCACAACUUAUCAAUGCGGCACUGAGGUUUUUUCAGGAAAGACGUCACAAUUCUGCUGAAUCAGAUGAAUGUGUAAACUCGUUAGCAUAAACCAAAAACGGGCACCAAAAUAGGCUAUACCCUACAGCAAGACAGAAAAAGAACGAAAAAAAUUUGGUGCAUUCAUCAAGGGCUGUAUUUUAGGAAAAAAACCCGUUGUACACCGCAUUACCCUUUAAUUGAAUAUCGGGAGAAAUUCCCUUCAUCAACCUUGCUCAUCCUUGAACAGCGGACAACCACAGAAAUCCGUUGUUAUUCGUGUAAGCUGUAUUGUUUAGUUAAAGCUUUCGUCACUGGGAUAUUUUGGUCUGCAUUUCUACAGUACAAGUAAAUUUUCUCAUGGCAACAUGUGCGCCCUGCAUUUUCUGUUUUAAAUUUCCUGGUUCCGCUAUACUGAGAAUUCAAACAUCAGUGAGGCUUUGUUUUCCCAGCAACCACUACGACAAACACUAGGCCUACAAAUCAACACAGUUCAACACGCGACAGACUCGCCUGCCCGAACGGCCUUCACUACUUCUCCAUUAUUUUCACAUCGACUUUCGAGCACCUGGUGGCUGAGAAACAAUGGAAAAAGGAACACUGUCUAAACGGGCUUUGCUCGGUUUCCCUGCGUUCCUCGUGGUUCAACUGAUCCUCGAAGGAAUUCUGUUGAGGUCGUGUUCAGCUUUGGAGCGCGAUCUUCCUGAAGAGUUGAAUAUCACUAAGAUAAGAAAACGUUUUUGUGGAAGGUGCGUCAGGAGGUCUUUUUUAUGCAAUCCCCAAAAUCCUCAAGUGUGUCGGAUGUGUCGGGAAAUCUGUAGAACCGACUCGAAAUUAAGAUGCUGGAAUGACACGGAUUAUACAUGUGGAGACAGGGCGUUGGAAACAGUGUGUGGCUACCUAGACGCUGUGGUUUGUAAAAAUGAGAGCGCUAACGAGACAUGCGUUUACGAGCUCUGUUCUGAGAAAAAGCCUGUCUGUACUACAUCGGAACAGGAAUCGAAUCCUGAGUGGGCUCAGAAGAAGAGUAACAGGCCUUGGUGUAGGACCACUACACAGCCACCACAAACACGUGGGCCUGCUGCUACGACGACUGCCCUUGCGUGCGUCUUAUCUCUGGUGCUUUUUCUGGUCCUUGCUGGGGCCGUGGUUUGGUAUCUUAGACGGAGAGGAAACCUGCCGGCUUUCAAGAAGACGCCCCUGAACCCAGCUAACGAGUCUGAUACUGAAAUGGAUACAAAGGUUUCUCACAGACCACCCCUGCCAGAUCCACCGGCCCUGGGCAGUCAGGAAUAUUCAUAUACGUACGGGAAGACACCAGGGGGGCAAACCGAGCCCGGCACUGGGGCAGCCAAUCCAAUCGAGGAAGACGACGACGAAUAUCAUUACUACUCCAGACUAAAUAACGAAGGUGAAGGAGAGAGCUUGCGCUAUGUGGAAGGCGGACCAAGGGCUGGGAAACCGUCCAAUACGGAGUCUCCUAACAACCAUAAUUAUUCUGUUUUGGAAAGAUCUGACGAUGAUGGGGAAAAGAUUGCGGAAGACAUCGGCAAUGACGAAGCCCAUUCGUCCCCAGGGGAAGACAAUCACAGUUAUUUCCCACUGCAGAAACCACCUAACCGCCCCUCUGAGAGCGAGAAGUCUGAUGGUUUAGAUGACCAGGCACAUUUCCCGUUGCAGAAUAGGCCCAAGCUCCAGUCCGGGGACGAGAAUUCCGGGUACCAGGCUGUGACAAUAUCUUCCAAAGCAGGCGGCGACAAUGAAGAGGCCUCGUCCCCAUACGACCACCUUCACCGAGUUGAAGGCAAACAGUCCGCAGACGGCGACCAGUCUGAUGAAGGCUUUCCUGAUUACCAUCAUUUGGAGAACUAAAAGUGGGACCUCGGGCCCAAUUUGAUCAUAAAAACAGUUUUAUGGAGAGAAUUUUUGGCAAGUUUGAACAAGAUGGUUCUAGAAAAUCAGUGUAUGUAUCAAUGAAAACGUGAUGAUGCUUUUGAUGCCAUAACAAUCGUACAGUUGUAUAAUUCAUUGUACAUGAUAACAGUUGUCAUGUGUCGAUGGCGUCUUAUUUCAACAGGUCUUAUGUGAAAGAUUUUCCCAUAAGAAAUAAUUGAAAUGAAACAAGGUGUCAUUUUUAAUGUCCAUAAUAUUUUUCUUUUCAAGAGAAAAACAGUAUGCGUCAACCUAAAAGAGCAGGGGCGGAAUCUGCCCCCAUUUUUCGGAUAUCGCCGCAGUGCAUAGUUUCAGGAGUUGAACACUGAGGAGUUUUAGGGUAACUCUUUCCGGUAAUUUUAUAAAUAUGGACAUUUCGUAUACAUAACAACUUCUUCGGUAUCAAAUGUUUCUAAAAUGUAUAGUAAUUAUAUACGUCUUGAGUUAUGCUUUGUGGUUAAGAGCCAUUUAUUCUGUAAACUUACUUAACGAAUAUUGUAUUAAUGGGGCUUCCUUUGGCACAUAGUUUUGCGCGGAAUAUACACAGACAACACAGUAAUAUUGCUAUUAGUCAUUAUAGUUAUAUGAAAUGGACAGGUGAAUAUUGCAUACAUAUCCAAAAUUAAUGUAGCCUAUACUGUCUUCAUACAUUUUAUUGGAUGACCCUUUUAUGUAAUUGACUUGUAAUAAUUUUGUUUUUAGCAUAUGUCAAAAUGUAUGUACGAGAAAAUUUUAAUGAUUGCUUUAGGUUAAAUGAUUAUUAUUUUCAGCGAAUCACCAAAAUUUUCAAAAUUGUUUUUAUCUUUGUAGUCUCUUUAUAAAACAAUUCAAGCGACCCAAAUUUAGUGGUUUUUGCUACAAAUGUACUCCUUCAGUACUUUGCCACGUUUAACAAAUCUGCUUUGGACUUGACACGCAGUUUUUUUCACACUUUCAGGGAAACAUCGCUUACCGUACACUGCAGAAACUUUGUUAAGCCAGUAAGACAGCUUUUUAAAACAUUUUUUAUCAGCUUGACAUGUAAACAUAUUUAAAUGCUAAGCACGUUUAGAUUUUUAAUGGACUAUAUUUAGUCACUGAACAUUAAUGUUUAGGACUUGAACACGAAAUGUUUAGCAUCCAAACAUGUUGGCAAAGUGAUGGCAAAAUUGUGUUUAAAAGCUAAACACACUUUUUAGAGUGUACGAUGGAUUUGGUACUAAACAAAGCACUCCAAGGUCCACUUUAAACAAAAAUCAUCGCUAAACAUAAUCAGGUGGAAAAAGUACUAAUGGAUUAAUGGUACAUGUAUAUAUCAAGGUUUGCUAUCAUAAAUAGAUAACACCUACCCGAUACCAACACCUUCAAAGAUUUCAAAGAGACUGGACGGCAAACACUCAACAUAAUUGUUGCUGAAAAUAGGAAGCCGCGCCAAUAAUACACCAAUAUGUAUUGUCUGAGUUUGGAGUUUCAGUAUCACAGCAUUCAGCUUACUAUAAAAAAUCUUACUACUUGUGUUAUAGAACUAAGAGGAAGAGACACAUCACGGAUCUGGUUUUAAAUCACCCGUAAUUUUACCGAGGGAAGGGAGUGUGAAACUGUGACCAUAAGCGUAAACAUCAAUGGAAGGUUUGGUUUCCUGGAUCAGCCCUAUAUGGAGCCAUGUAUUAAGGCCCUUCAUUCCGCAUAUGCUUGACUAAUAGUACUGUUUGUGAACAAUCCAAUGUAUAGCUGAAAAUAUGUUAUAUCACGAACAUACCCAGAAUUCUUGGACAAUUUCUCUCCGUUUAAUCCAUGAAUGAAAAAAAGCUGUUAAGGAAGUGCAAGCACUGAAAAUAAAAAAAGGUUUAUUUUGGGAAAGGGGAAAUAAAGCCAUUACAUCCUGUGCUAACCUCACGUUUUGACAGUCAAGGAACUGCCAUUACUACAACUUGGAAAAAGUUUCAUCAUUGUUAUUUAAAGCAUGACACUAGUCCAAAGACACAAAGCCAAACAUUUCAACAAAAGGUCGAAGGAUCCGUAAGAUGGGUCACGGGCCUCGUGCCGACACCGAGCCGCAAACGAUCGAAGCCGAUUUACGGAAACUGCGCCCUCAACAGUCACCUCAGCAAGGAAUUUGACCCGUGAUGUGACCUCUCUUUCAUGUGUACAUGUACGUUGCACUGCACUAAUUCAAGCCUCAUUGAAAAUAGUGUAAAAUCAACAAAGUUAAAAGCCCGUUGGGGGCAACCAAAGUCCCUGAGGCCUCUCCCCCAAAAAAGUCUUGUCGAGCCCCUAAUUAUUUCCAUAUUUUAGUAACCACUUUGAGUUUUAAUUACCCUUGUCGGUCCUUCACAUUUCAAUUAUUUUCAAAUUUUAGUAGGUUAUUACUAAUUCGAGUUUUAAUUAUCCACCCAAAAAAGCCUCACUCCCCUGAAGUGAAUGUUCCCAAGUCUGCCAGCAGCCAUUUUUCAAAUGAUAUCCCUCAACCUUCUCAGGCUCUUCAGGCAAUUAUUCACACACAUAAAUGAGAGGAACGUGCGGCUGGGACAAAGUUACAUGGGUCAACUUUACUUGAGGCAGGGUUAGUUUACGUAGUACUGCUUACUCAGUGUGUGCUGUAACGUGGGACGAAAUAAAACCAAACAAUGCUGAAUGGA